GGAGGCUGCGCGUGCGCAGCGCUGGAGAUAAGGUUCUCUGAGAUUGGGAGAUGGCGGCGGCCAAGGAAACUUCACCUGACCCCGCGGCUUCAGAGCGGCCGGCGGAGCUGCCUGCCUCUGUGCGGGCGAGCAUCGAGCGGAAGCGGCAGCGGGCGCUGAUGCUGCGCCAGGCCCGUCUGGCGGCCCGGCCGUACCCGGCGACGACGGUUGCGGCUACCGGAGGCAUGGCUAAUGUAAAAGCUGCCCCAAAGAUAAUUGACACACAUGGAGGCUUCAUUUUGGAAGAAGAAGGAGAAGAAGAACAUACAAUUGGAAAAGUUGUUCAUGAACCAGGACCUGUGAUGGAAUUUGAUUAUACAAUAUGUGAAGAAUGUAGUAAAGAAUUUAUGGAUUCUUAUCUUAUGAACCACUUUGAUUUGCCAACUUGUGAUAACUGCAGAGAUGCUGAUGAUAAACACAAACUUAUAACUAAAACAGAAGCCAAACAAGAAUACCUUCUGAAAGACUGUGAUUUAGAGAAAAGAGAACCGCCUCUUAAAUUUAUUGUGAAGAAGAACCCUCAUCAUUCACAGUGGGGUGAUAUGAAGCUGUACUUAAAAUUACAGAUUGUGAAGAGGGCUCUUGAAGUUUGGGGUAGUCAGGAAGCAUUAGAAGAAGAGAAGGAAGUUCGACAGAAAAACCGAGAACAAAUGAAACAGAAGAAGUUUGAUAAAAAAGUAAAAGAAUUACGGCGAGCAGUAAGAAGCAGUGUAUGGAAAAGGGACACGGUGGCUCACCAACAUGAGUAUGGACCAGAAGAAAACUUAGAAGAUGACAUGUACCGGAAGAUCUGUACUGUGUGUGGCCAUGAACUGACAUAUGAGAAAAUGUGAUUUUUAGUUAAAUGAUCUAUUUUAUAGCGUUUUAGGUUUAGAACAAGGAAAUGUAGAUUGGUCUUGUUCAAAAUUCACCAAGGAAAAAAGUCUUUAUAGAUGAGUGAAACCGUUUUAUAUGUAGUGCUUCAGAAAUGAAUGUAUAUGUUAUGGCUCAAGAGUAAGUUUGAGCCGAGGUUCAGCAGGUCUGUGAUCAUUUGCUCUGGAAUAGGCAUGGGAGCUCAGUACCGUAGGCUCAAGUGUUAGGUGAGAGCUAACAUUGGAAAGAAACCAAGGCAAACCUUAAGUUGGGGUAGGACGAUGAACUGUUUUUGGUAAAGGCUAAAGCAGGCUCAACUGGAUUCUUAUCCCAAGAAAUAGCAGAGAUGGUGUUAGACCCUGCACCCCAGAGGCUGGUUGGAGACAGAAAUAAUCUAGAAGCCCUAAGUCAGGGAGCAGGAAGCUACUGCUGGGACAAGUCCUGACUAACAACAGGAAUAAUGAAUGAGUUGUGGGAGUCUGAUCAUGUUUUCUGUAUCUUAGGGUUAACUACAGGCCCUAAUAUUAGUCACUAGAUAGACAGCAAAGAAGGCAAUUAUAAGUUUAUCAUAACUUGCUACCAUUUGCUAAGCCCUUACCAUGUACCAGGAAAGCACGAAGCUAAGUGCCUUACAGGUAUUCUAAUUUAAUCGUGGGAGGGAAGACAGCUUGCUUCUGUACUGACUGAGCACUCGGAAAGGAAAUAACCCUACAACCUGACAUCACCCCAGACAUCUAGAUCAAGUUUAGGUAGUCAAAAUUUCCCCUAUCAUCUCAAAAGGAUUACAAGGUAGUUAUAGUUAAGAGGAUUUGAUCCCAUGUGCUUGACUACACAGCUUAUGCUGUCUUUUUUUUUUUUUUUUGACAAAAACAAAUUCAAGAUGAAAAUAUCUGGUUAUUCUUUGAUAUAACUUUUUAUCCUACUGCUACAAAUAGAAGAAAUAGGAAGUUUAUACAUUUUCAGUUUUUCUUUCUAGAGCAGCUCUUGGAGAUUAUGCUUAAAGAAAGGCAAAGUCAAAACAAGUCAGUUGCUCUUGCACUUUUAUUUCUUUAAAAUUCAACCUCUAGUUUCAGUUAUUUUUUUUUCCAUAUAUUUAGCUGCCAGACUGGGACAGAGCAGUCAUAUCAGUGAACAGUUGUUAAAAGUAACCAUUACACAUGAAGAGAGGAUUCAAGAGAAAGGAUGUGAAAACCUAGCAAUUCCUCUAGAUUUGGAUCAAGUACAAUUAGCCAAACUUUGCUAGUGACUUGCCUUCAACUUCAAUUUUGUGAAUAGUAAUUUUUUGUCUUAAAUGGUGUGGUUUUUACAAACCCUAGGAAGUCCCACCUGUUGAGCAGACUAUAUUCUGUAGCCACUCAGUGUGUGGUAAACCAAAGAUACCAUAUGUUAAUACGGAAAAUGCUAAUGCAUCAUAACCUAUGUUGUGCAAAUGCUCAAAGGUAAUACCAGCUGUGGGGUUAGGGUUUUUAUUGGGGAAUUUUUUCCAAGGUUUAAUGAAAAACAUCUAGGAAACAGGCUCAGGAAUGAUUACUACUUGGACCAGUUCCGUAGAAAUCCAAACUUAAAUCUAAUUCCAAGUGUAUUUUUAGCCAAUUUAGCUACUUCUAGAGGAAAUGACCAGGGUCUCUAAGUGGUUCCCAAAGUUGUGUGCAUAUUGGAAUCACCUGGGAAACUACGGAUGGGGCGUGUUCCACCCCCAGAGAUUGUAGUUUACUUUAAAAUAUAACUUGAAACAUUUCCAGGUGAUUUAUGGUCACAAAUUUGAGAACUGCUACCCUUUCUUGUAAUAACCACUUAAGAAAAAUGUUUUAAAGGGAAAAUUUCAAAUGGAGUUAAAAUAUACCUUCAGUAAGAAAUCAUUAGUUUUAAAGUAGACUGAGAUGAUAAAUCA